AUGGCGACCGCCACCGGCACUAGCGUGCGCACCGACCUGGAGGCGCUGUUCGGCGAAGCCAUCGCGGCGGCAUUCCCAAACUCGCCCGACAAGGCACCGCUUAUUGCUGCAUGCAACAACGCCGCAAAUGGCGACUACCAAUGCAACAAUGCGAUGCCGCUGUUUGGCAAGAUGAAGGGCCUGGAGGGCGCGCCCAAGAACCCACGAGCUGCCGCUGAGGGCAUCCUCGCCGCGCUGCCCCCAAACGGCUUGCUGUCUGCCACCAGCCUCGCGGGGCCUGGCUUCAUCAACUGCCGCGUGUCGCCCAGCUACCUGGCAGAUCGUGUCAACAACAUGCUGCUGCACGGCACCAACGUCUGGGCGCCAUCGUUGCCG